GAAAAACCCAAUGGGAAGAGAGAACAGAAUAACCCAGUAGUUAUGGCAGUCACCUCAGAUCUGAGUGCCCAAGGUGCUGUUCCAAUGAACAGUCAUUAUUUAUACAAAGUUGGAAGAGCUUCAUCAGAAGAGAUUGAGAGAGACGCAUCCCAGAACAGCCAAUAGGACUGGAUGGAUCGGCUGAGCCAAGCCGUGCAUUCCAAUCUCCCACAUGGAGGCGAACCAACAUGAUCCCGCUUCCCUUUCCUCAGCACUGUAAUCCUCCUCCUUUCUGUAUGGCUGUAAGCAAAAAUAUUAUCUCCAGGUCAGCAUCCCAAAUACAUUCAGACACAGAGCUAGAGAAUGACACAAGGGACCCUGAUGAGAAGCGACUUGGGGGAUGUUCUACUAAGGAGAUGGCAAGGCCUAGUGGAUUUGGCACUGGGCUCAGAGUCAAGAGACCUGUGUUCUGACCAGCAGUGUGACACUGGGCAAAGUAAUUUCCCUGUUUCCCUAACGGUACAAUGCAGCUAUGGCUCAUUCCCCCCUUUAUAAAGUGCUUUGAGAUCUAGGGAUACAAAACUGAAAGCUGUUCAUGAAAACUAUACACCAAGGCUACAAAUGUUAUUAAAAAUAGAACAUGUGCUAAUCUCUCUCUUUUUUCCUCAUUUCCAAAAGCAGAUCUCCAAACGUGUAAAAAUGAGAAGCAGCUGAUAGCCAAAAUGCAGGCUUCCUGUCUGAAGGCUCAGAUUAGGACUGUGGUUAAAGCAUCUUUCCAACAAUUGCAAACGAUACUGUCACUCUGGAGCACGAGGACACAGACAGUGACAAAGGGAGUUCACUGCCGACCCAUCUUCACAGCUACAAAGAGGCCUCAAUGUUGCAUUCCACCUCUCCAAGAUCUAAACCGCUUCCCACUACAGGAUGGGUCACUUCUCAGCCCGGCUGCUACUGCUGGCACUAACAGGGCCGUGCCUGGCAAGAGAAGAGCUGGAAUUGGUGACUGCUGUACAGGGAAGCUCUUUCAGUAUAAGGUGUUACUACGAUUACAAGUAUUCACUAGAGGAGAAAUUAUGGUGCAAGAUGCUGUCAGACAAGGAAUGCAACAGAAAAAACGUCCUGACCAUCCGAGCAAAAGGAGGGAAAUACCUAAAUAUUGCACCAAAAAAAAGGGUCAAUCUAACAGACUCGGGAACAGGCUGGAUUUCUGCGUCCAUGACAGAGCUCAGGAUAGAGGAUUCAGGAACAUACUUGUGCGGCGUUUUGAAUCAUCUGAAAAUUGUCCCAUUGAAAAAGAUUAAAGUGACGGUUUCUUAUGAUGCUCCCAUGAGGCUAUCUGCAAAAGAAGGAGGCUUUAUCUCCUUAAAUUGUUCUUAUUUUGUGAUGGACGACAGCAGGAUACCUAGUAAUUUUACCUGGUGCAAAAUGGUAACUGCAACCAGAUGUCAACCCGUCGUCAGCGUUAAGAUCAAUCAGAUUGUUAAUACACAAGGAAAGACCAAGAUAAAGAUUGACCGGUGGACCAGAGAGAUUACAGUGACACUGGUGGCGCUCCAGCUACAUGACUCGGGGGAGUAUCAUUGUGAGACCCAUCUCCAGGGAAGUACCGUGCUACUGAAGGUGAUCACACUGAAUGUUUUGGAAAAAAGUGUGUCUCAUGAUACAGUUAAUGAGGCUACUUCGCCUCCCACUAACAAGGGGGAAAACACCCUCCCAACUGUGGCCAGCAACAAGGAACAGAGAACUCUUUAUGUUGUCCUGGCACUGGGCUCCUUCCUGGUUUGCAGUGCACUGCUUGUGAUCAUGGCUAUUAUUUUCACCAAAGGGAGAAAAAGAGUAGGGAACGGGCUGAAUUUUGGUGAACACCCUAACUGCAGACUACCAGCACAGCAGAAGGAUGAAGGACACCCCAGAGAUGCCACCCCCGAUGGGGAAAUGAAGAACGGUAUAAUAUAUGCCAUGCUAAGGCACCAACCCAAGCCAAAGCCAGACGAUGUCACGUAUGCCAACGUGGAGCCUCCACCAAAGCCAAAAGGAGCCAAACAUUCUGCUGAGCCCUCAGCUGUCCUGUUCUCCUCAGGCACCAUGGAAUAUGCAACCAUCAUCUUUGGAGACUCACCUCCACGGUCUGGGCCUAAAGAGAAACAAACCGUCCCUAACUGAACUCAGACCCCAUGAAAUCUAGUGUCCCGCUCCUAGCUCUUCUCCUGAACU